AUGUCUUCGUCCGAUCGAUCCGACUCUUCUGAUGAAGAGAUGCAGGUGAAAGCAUCUUCUCGCUCGAAUUCAUCGGAUUCCGAUGCGUCCAGCAAAAAACGUACAUCUCGCCCAUCAAAAGCUGAUAGUGAAGAUACGUCUGACUCUGACUCGGAUUCGGGAAAGCCUUCACCUAAGAAAGCUAAUAAGAAGCGCACUGUGAACAAAAGAAAACGCGGAUCGUCGGCUAGUAGCGACGAUGGCCGUGUUGAUGAUUCCCUGUUCGUUGAUGCCGAAGACAAAGCAAGAUGGAAAGGUUUGAGCGAACUCGAGAAAGAGCAAGAAAUAUUCGAACGAAUGGAAGCUCGUGAGAAUCAACGAACUCGCGCUGAAAUUGCACAGCAAUUGGAAGCCAAAAAAGCGGAAAAAGACAAGAAAUCGAGAAAGAAGCGAAAAGUUGAAUCUGAAAGUGAUAGUGAAACAGCAAAAUCUCCUCCAAAGGGGGUUCCUUCUAGUGAUUCAGACUCGGAUAUGAAUGCCGAAUUCCAUAAACCCAGCGAUAUUAGUAGAAAGCACAAAGAGAAAAAUGCCAUGGCUGAAUUGAAGCAAAAACGCAAAGAAAUUGAGAAAAAGAAUGCGAAAAAUGCUGCUUUAUCAAUUGACGCUGUAUUUGGUGCGCAAAGCAGUGGUUCCUCUAGCUCAUCUAGUUCAAGUCCAAGCUCACGAUCCAGCUCGUCUUCGCGAGAUUCUUCGCCAGAAAACCGAAAUGCUGAAGAAGUGAAGGUUGUAAAGAAGCAGGUCGAAACUUUGGAUGAGCUUAAACGAGCUCGCCUCUCGCGAUUCAAACUCGCCAAGAUAAUUCACGCUCCAUUCUUCACCGACACCGUCAAAGGAUGCUUUGUCCGUAUUGGAACUGGACCAAUGUCGGGAAGUAGCAGUAAUUACAAACUUUGGCAAAUUCUUGAAGUCGAAGAGACGCCGAAAGUUUAUGAUUUGGAGGAUAAACGGACGAAUAAGGGAUUGAGGUGUAGACAUGGAAAGCUUGAAAGGGUGUUCCGUGCGGCAUUUGUCUCAAAUUCGGAGUUCAGUUAUAUUGAAUUUGAUGAGUGGAGGGAAGCGACUCAACAGAAUGGCACUCUUCCCACUAUGGACUUUAUUGAAAAGAAGGAAAUUGAUAUUAGAGAAGCUUUAAAUCACAAAUAUUCUGAUGAAGAAGUUGACUUGCUCAUUCAAGAAAAAUCGCGAUUCGAGAAAGUUCCCAAGAAUUUUGCCAUGAGAAAAGCAGAAUUGGCCAAAAAAAAACUCCUCGCGCAGCAGAAAGGCAAUCUACGAGAAGCCGAUGAGAUUCAAAGGGAGAUCGAUGAGAUUGAACGACAGGCUGAUAAUUUAGACAAGAAGCGCUCGCAUGAUAUUAGCGCAAUUGCUUUUAUCAAUUAUCGAAAUCGAACGCAGAAUAAGAAUGAGUUUUUGAGUGGAAGGGUAAAGAUGGAAGCAACUUCUCAAGAUGACCCGUUCACGAGGAAGAAAGGAGGAAUGAAGAUUGUCUCAGGAUCAAAAUCGAAAACUGAUGGCACGAUUUCGGCAUCUGCUUCACAGAGUGACUUAACUUCGGCUGGAAACGAGACGAAGCGAGAUGAGCAAUCGAAACCUCCAGCGGUUGUCAAGGAAAAACGAAAAUCUACUAAUAUGUCGGAUUUGCACAACGUCGCUUCGUUCAACUUGAACUUCGACAUUGAUAUUGAUAAAUUGAUAAAUGCGAAACCUCUUAGAGACGAUCAUGGAGAAGGAACCUCUUUACCGCCACCGAUGCCUUCUUAUUCGGCUCCAAUAGAGACGAAAGCCAGAGGAUUAUCGCUCGCUGAUUAUCGCCGACGCAAGGAGCAAGCAUCGGCGGCUGGAGCCCAUUAA